UCGAUGAAGAUGCCUGUUCAGAGCCGACCCCUGUCUUGUUUAAUGGUUCGACCCACCCGCCCGUCAAACUGUCUCCUAAAGAAGAACUGCCCCACUUUUUUUCAAACACUAAUGGUCUGUUUUAUCACAAUUGUAAGACCCUUGAUAAGUGAACGUAAAUGUUUAUUCGUGUGAUGCGACAGUGUCUCGGCAAAGAUUGACACGGGAUGAGAGUGAAACGUUUUCGAUCAAAAAACUCAACCUCGCUACUCUUCUCCAAACCACACGCAUAUCAACGUCACAAACUUUUCCAGCCCGCGUGUGGCGGCUUAUUAUCAUACAUUCAUUUAUAGUUUUUUAAUUGAGUUUUAAAUUUGGAUUUGAAUAUGUCGUACAUGCAGACCUUCGUGCCUCCUUUCACAACCGGUAUGUUCCCGGGCAACCCGUCGUCGUUUUCGGUGAAAAGCAUCUUGAAUUUAGCGGAGCAGCAGCCGCCGUACCGCGGGCAGACGGCCGGUUACCAACAGGGUUUGCCCAUGGAUUCUAGCUAUUACUGCGGGCUCCAGGAAGAUUGUAUGCUCCCCGAUCCAGGCUCCAUGCCUCCCCCCUGCGACUACACUGGAGCCCCGAACGCAAUCUACCCGACCCAGCCGCGGGAUCCUCACACCGUGGAGCAUGGCUCCGUGCCUAUUCCGGUAACGGCUGCUUCCAACGGGACACCGUGUUCAUUCCACCCCGACACGACAGGCGAUAUAAACAUCAGAGAGAUAGGUGGAGACGAUACGGCGCCCAACACUAAUCCAGGUAACACCCUCCAGUCUGCUGACAGCAAACACUCAUCAAAUAACAUUAAGCGGUCAUCUUGUGCAAAACAGCAGCAGCAGCAACAACCUUCAAGCACGACGCUGAAGCCGCCCAAAUCUGCCCGGCAACGGCGUAAACCCCGUGUUCUCUUCUCCCAAGCCCAAGUGUACGAGCUGGAACGUCGCUUCAAACAGCAACGGUAUCUAUCAGCACCAGAGCGAGAGCAGAUGGCAAAUGUUCUGAAGCUUACGCCGACUCAAGUCAAGAUCUGGUUCCAAAACCGACGUUACAAAAACAAGAAACAACGCGAGACUAAGACCAUUGAUUUAGGAACGGCGACCGCCGUCGCAGCCGCAGCCGCAGCGGCUAGGCACCAGCAAAACAACGACCAGUACUCAGCACGUCGUGUGGCCGUACCGGUCCUCGUACGGGACGGUAAACCUUGCUCGGGUUCGUCCAAUCCGCCGCCUUAUUCCUAUUCCUGCACCAACUAUACAGUUGGUGGUACCUCCAAUACCCAAGCCACAUCCUUCUCGAAUUCUUGUAAUUAUGAGUACACCACACCACAAAGCGAUCAGUAUCUUGAGUCGUCCAUCACUAGCAACCGAACUUGGUGAGAAUUCUCCAAUCAGUACUCUUCAACUGAUAGUCUUCCAGACUUUUUACAUGACUUUGUAGAUAUUGAUUAUCGUAUGAACCAAUCUGUUAAAAAUUUUCCACCAGGUUUACUUCUUCAAGUUAUUCAUUAUGUACCAUUUACUCUGGAAAGAAGGACUGUGUCCUCGUUGCACCCAUAGUCAUAGGCGAAACAAGUUCGUGAACUCUUGAAGAAGUUGGAUGACACUUGGGAUUAUAAUCCGGGGGAGCCGCUGCUGUAAACUCCUUGCUCAAACAAUACAGUUGUCAUGAUAUUUCUCAUGCUUUAUCGAAUAAACGAUACUGGUGUACUUCAUUAGGGUUUAACUUCAUAUUUUUCUAGCUCAAUGUUAUCUAUCAAUUUUCAUUUUUAUGUAAAUGAUGAUUGAUGUGAUACAACCUGUGUUUGAGUAUUAAACUCCAAGUUGUUCUUGCCAAACUUGAUUUAGAAGAGCGACACCAUACCACACACUCUAAAAGUGGACAUUAUAUUUCGGUAUUAUUGGUCGGUAGUUUUAGCCCUACAUCUCACAUAUAUAGAAAUUUUCUCCCCAACUUUGUAUGAGUAUGUAUUAAUUUAAUCAGAAUGUUAAUCUGGUAGGUAAUUAUGAACAUUAAAAUACCGUCUUUUCAUAGCCAGAAUUGCACGUAUUUUUUUUUCUUUUCUUGUACUUUAAAAAAAAUUCACUUGUAAGUACUGUACAACACACUUUGAGAACUAGAAAUCAGCUUUUCACAAUUCCUUGUACAUCUCAUUUGCAUUUACCAAUGAGAUUGGAGUCACUAUUUUUAUCAAAUAAAUGCCAAAUUUACUGCAGUAUUAUUGAUGUUUAUGUCGGGAAAUACGCAAGCCAUUCACUGUAUACUUUCCACCAAGUGCUGUGCAAUUCAAUCAAAAUACAGAGUGCACAACAUACUGCAUAUAUAAUUUUCAAUACUGACGAAAGAACUGUUGUAUUUACAAAUGUUUUAUGGAAUCAUUCGGAAUU